CAGCACUUGAAGACGAUAUCCUCCAUUCGUUGUUCUUCUUUCACUAUGUUUCCUGUCGCUUGAGAGCGUCCUCGAUUCUACCCGCCCGCAUGCCACGUCUGUGCCAUGAACGCCAAUAUCAUAUACACAACAGCUUGGAAGCAUGAGCGCACGACUGAAUUGGUGAUCAGUGCUGUUUUGCAAGGGUUCAGAGCAAUUGAAUCGGGCUGUCAGCCCAGGAACUACAGAGAGGAUCUUGUUGGGGAAGCAUUACAGACCUUAUAUAACGAUCAUGGCUUCAAGAGGCGGGAUCUUUUUCUCCAAUCAAAAUACGUACAAUUUAACAGUCAAGACUCCACCCUCCCCUUACCAUAUAAUCCCUCCGAUCCCCUGCGUGUCCAAGUCACUGCAUCUUUCUAUGCCUCCCUCAGCUUCUUGCGCACAAGUUACCUCGACGCGUUCAUCCUCCACCAGAAGCUUCCGACAUACUCUCAGACACUGGAGGCAUGGAAAGCACUUGUUAAGCUGCAAGACCUAGGCAAGGUGCGUGCGAUUGGAAUGAGAAACGUGUAUAGGGUGGGCUUGCUCGAGCGACUCGGCAAAGAGAGCGGGCGGCCCGUGCAAAUCGUACAGGACCGGUGGCGAUCUAGGAACAAUUGGGAUUCAAAUAUUUUGGAUUGGUGCAGGAAGAACGGGGCACAGUUCCAGGGGUCGCAGUCUAUCGCUGGGUCGCGUCGCCUGCUUUCUAGUCCUGUGCUAAAGAAGAUCGCGAGCAAUAAGAACCGCAGGCCGACUCAGGUCCUUUACCGCUUCGCACAGUCCCAAGGAGUCACUCCACUUUCGGGAUGCACGACAGAUCAGCACAUGCAGGAGGAUUUAGAGGCUGAAGGAAUUGAACUCGAUGAAGGGGAGAUCGACAGCCUUGUGAAGCAGGUCGAGCACCUGACCAUCUCCCGGCGCAAAGCAGUGUAUAGAAGGGAUCAUACUAGCCACGGAUAUCCAGAGACCACGUCGGAGGCUGAAGGAGAAUCGUCAACGUUGCUACCUUCGGUAGACUAGAUCAUACUGCAUCUGGUGGUUGUGUGCAUUGAUAUCUGUCAGUAUCAUAGUACAAUCAUAUUGUUACAGUUAUUGUUGACGUG